GUCUGUGGUGUUGAUCAAUUGAAUUGUUUUUUAUUUAUUAAUUUAUAUUUUUUUAUUAUUAAGUGUAGAUUGGUCUUAAUCUGUCAAUGUUAAAGAGUUUCUCAGUUCAAAAUCGAGAUGAAUCGUGAUGAGAAUUUAUGUUGGUUCCACGGUCGUAUAUCCCGAGAAGCUGCUGAAGAAAUAUGCAAAAAUGACGGAGACGAUGGGACAUUCAUUGUUCGGGAAAGUAAUACUGCAGAAGGUGAUUUCGUCUUGACCCUUUUGCAUGAGGGAGAGGUUUGCCAUUAUCAAAUAAGACGACAUGGCGAAGACGCAUUUUUUUCGAUUGAAGACAAAGUAAAAAUACUACAUGGCUUGGAUACUUUGGUGGAGUAUUAUCAACAGGGUGCGAAUGGCUUAGUUACCAAACUAACGAAAUUUAUACGAAAAGACCCUCCUCCAAAUGAGACUCGAAGCCAUGGCCAUACAAAUCUUCUGCAUCGCGCUGUUAUAAAUAACAAUCAUAUAGUUGUAUCGGAAUUACUGAAAUGCGGCUAUCGAAAUGUGGACGCCAAAAAUCAAGAGGGCAUGACUGCGAUUCAUUUGGCUUCCCUACACAGUGACGAGACAAUGUUGAAUUUAUUGCUUAACGCAGGUGUAAACGUUAACUGCAUGGAUACAGAUAAUUACAUGCCCUUACACUACGCCUCUCGCCAUCAACCAGGUUCUUUCAUAAGAAGGUUAAUAGCAGCUCAAGCUAACGUUCAAGGUCGUAAUAUACGAAAUGGCUACGUGCCUUUACAUGAAGCUGCAAAGCAUGGGAAUUUGGAAGCAGUGAAGGAAUUGCUCUUAGUUAAUGUGCCACUUUUACCCCGUACGUCCAUGGGAGAAUUUCCGAUAGACUUGGCAAAAGAAGCCAAUCAUGAGGAAGUUGUACAAUUUCUUGAGGCAUAUAAACUCAAACCGGCCAAUACAUUUAAAUCGCAAUGGUACCAUGGGACGUUGAGUCGCGAAGAAGCUGUUAAAGUUGUAAUGGACUACGCUACAAACCUAAAACAAUCAGUGGAGAGAACACAAGAACCGUCAACUUCGUCUGCUAAAAAUACCAGUGAAAAAAUUGAUCCAUCUGGUUGUUUUCUUGUUCGUUUUUCAGAACGAAAAACUGUAGGAUCUGGCUAUGUUCUUACUCUGCUCUUUGAUGGUAUAGUAAAAAAUUUUAUAAUUUCUCAAUCGUCCAAAUUUUUAUAUAUCGACGAUGGGCCAUUCUUGCCAACAUUGGAACAUUUAGUAGAACACUUUAUGCGCUUUGCUGAUGGGUUGCCAGUGAAUCUUAAAUAUCCCGUUCUUCCUAAACCCAAACCUCCAUUGCCUUUAUUUUCUACAAUGCCACGAACUCCAAAAAAAUCUUCGAUUGCAAAUCAGCAUACUUCCCCGCAGUCGCAAUUGCCAACAAAAAGCCCAGCUAUCGACGUCCCCAAGCCAUUCCCAACACUUUCCACAAUACAUCAUCACAACAAUAACAAGAAAAAGUCGAAAGAGCAAACCACUUCCGUUUUCAGUACUUUACGGUUAAAAAGUCCAAAAAAAUCUAACUUAUUGGAAAGUAUGAGUACAUUGCGAAAAAGUAAACUCAAAGUGAAAUCAAUUUCCUGCCACGACAAACCCCAUAAUUUUACUAACGAAGAAGAGCUUAAACAAGCUGCAACUCUGCUGAAAAAUCUCUCAUUUUCUACGGAUUUUUCGGUUUUGAAUACCAAUGCAGGUGACAACAACAACAGUGCACAUGAGUUUUAUAACGUGCCAACAAACAAUGCGGCAAUUAGUACUGAGGCACAUCAAGAAUUUUUGAACGCAAAGUUAAAGCUUGAGUGUAAAACAGAAGAGGAAGUUGAUUAUUUUACAAAAAGUGAUGUUCUUAUUGCCAAUGAGCGACACAUGGCUAAUGAGAGUGCUAUACCAAUCAAACCAAAUGCUAACGGAUAUAUACCAACAGUUGAUAUUCGUGUUUUUACUGAAUGUCCUACACAUGAUGAUUACAUAUCGAAAGAUGAUCUAGAAGCUUCAGCUGCUGAACUAAGGGAGUUUUCACAUAAUCCAGAGCGGUUAGAUUCUCUGAUAUCUACAAAUUCCAACGAUAGUGAAAUGUUACGUUAUCUCAACCGACAAUCAAGUACAACAUCAACAAACACUUUAGAAUCAGUUCCUGGAAGCUCCAAAGCCAAUUAUCUUAUUUCUUGCAAGUCCCUCAUACUUGAAUCUAUUAUUGGUGAAGGGGAGUUUGGCUCAGUUUACAGAGGAUUUUUGAAACAAGGAACAGGGUCUGAAGAACGAAAGCGCGAAGUUGCCAUUAAAACGCUCCGAGAUGAGCAAUGUCGAACAAAUAAAAAAGAAUUUCUUCGGGAAGCAUCUGUGAUGAUUCGUCUUAAACAUCACUGUAUUGUUCAGCUCAUUGGGAUAUCAAAGGGAGAUACUUUGAUGAUGGUGCAAGAGCUGGUGCCUUUGGGCUCUAUGUUGCACUACAUUUUGGAGUAUAAAGCAAAAAUCAAUCCGAACUAUGAACUUAAAUUAUGGGCGUCUCAAAUUGCGUGCGGUAUGCAAUACUUGGAGCAACAUCAUUUUGUCCAUCGCGAUUUAGCAGCUCGAAAUAUACUAUUGGCAUCACGAAAUCAAGCCAAAAUUAGUGAUUUUGGUUUGUCAAGGGCCCUGGGUAAUGACAACGAAUGCUACCAGGCGAGCCAAGGAGGCAAGUGGCCCAUUAAAUGGUACGCCCCCGAAAGUUUUAAUAAUGGCAUAUUUUCACAUUCAAGCGACGUAUGGUCAUUUGGCAUCACACUUUGGGAAAUGUUUUCAUUAGGUGAACCCCCAUACGGCGAUAUACGAGGAGUUGAAGCUAUUAAAUUAAUAGAAAAUGGCGAACGCCUGCCUCAACCGCCUCUAUGCCCAGGCCAUAUCUAUGAAAUUAUGUUAAGUUGUUGGAACUAUAAGGCCAAGGAUCGGCCGACCUUUAGAUUUUUAACCGAGUUCUUUGCCCGUGAUCCAGAUUAUCAAAAUAUUCUUGAGUUGGUAAAGACUGAGCAUAUCAGCUAGACGUUUUUGGUUUUAAGUUAGUGUUUUUAUCAGACGAAAUUUUAAAUAUUUUUUAAUCAAAUUCGACUGAAUAUUUUCUUAUUAUGCAUGAUAUUAUAUUAAUGUGAACGUUUGACGUUUUUCAAAAGUGAAAUUUCAAAUUAAGCUUUUAAAUGUAUUUUGUUACAAGUAUUAGAAACAAAUAUUCCACUAUUUUAAUCUAUAAAUAUUUAACUAUGUGUGCUUGUUCCCUGUUCCGUACUUUGCUUUCAUGUCAAUAUCGCAUUGUAACUUGUACCACUAAACUCAAGCUAGCUAGCGUAUAUUCGGCACGUUCCAGCAGUCGACAAUUUUUAAAUAAAAAUGUAUAUACGAAUUAUUACCUACUAUAUACAAUUGAAAAUAA